AUGCCUCUUUUGCAUAAACUAAUCCAUAAGGGAGAUCAAGAAAAUCCUCCCGAGAAAGACAUUCCUUCGGUUCAUAUCGAACAAUCUCUCUCACAGUCGCCACCCUUUCCUUCAACCAAAGGAAAUGAAGCACCACCAGAUUACACGGCAACAGACACGACCGAUGGCCCCGCUGAAGCAGAUCUGACUGCGGCCUUUGCCAAUCUCAACAUCUCACAAUCAAAUAUCCCAGCGUUCCCAGACCCAGAUCUAUGUCUUGCACAUCUCAAAUUAUUGAAGACUUUCCAUAACCUCAAAGAAGAUGUCGGUUAUUCUGAUGGGUUAUUUGGUCUGUGGGAUGCACGUUGCGAACUCCCAAUCGUUGAGGAUCGUGACAAAGCAUUGGUGGUGAUGCGAGAGAAAAGAUGGGCUUUAUAUAUCGCGAGAGCGGUAGAAAGAUUUGAGGUUUGGUGGUUGAAAGUUUUAUGUGAGCAAGAGAAUGCAACAAGGUUGCGACAAACAGACAUGAAUAUCAACUCGGAUUUCAUGGAUUUUCCGAGGAAAGGUGUUGCUAAAGUCUGGAGCACUUCAUUGUUACCCCCAGAAGAUGUUCUCAUGGUGUGGCAUUCGUUGAUGUUGAACCCUCGAAAUUAUCUGGAAGAUUGUAUUCGUUUUGGAUUGAAAGAUCUUUGGGCAACUGGUAUGCCAUGGCAUGCUGUCAAUGCAGCCAUUGACACAAACUUCAAUUAUCGAGGAUCAGAAGCAGCCAAAGAAAGAUUUGUAAAUGCCACGGGACAACAUUGGAGCAAUGCCAAGGAUCAUGCAGUUAAGACAUUGAAUUGCCCGCGAUGUACUCAAGUUUUAGAGAUUCCAUGGACUACAUGCGCUGCAAACGAGAAGCCAUCACUGAAAGAAAUCAUGGGAAUGAACGGCACUGGUUAUGGCGAUCAAGGUUUAUCGUACACAUGUCAUAAAUGUGGUGGCGAAAUCAACCAUGAUCUAUUACGAGUCGCCAAAUUUAGGAGAGAGGUUGAAAAUCUAAUCAUGAGGGAUUAUCCUCUAGGUGGUACAAUCCUAUCACCGAGUACUGGCCUUCCAGAAGCUCCGGAGACGAGGAACUCUCACUUGCACCAAAACUCUUUCCCUAAUCGUAUGAUCACGGUCGAGCUGAAGGUAAAAAUGCUGGACCUCAUCGAUGGGAAUCACAACACGAAACCUGCUAUGACUGACGUCAGAAAUCUUAUCGAGAAAACCAUCAAAGACAGAUCAACUGUCAAGAAAAUCAAUAGCGGUGGGAGCAGUUUGGUACGAGGAGAACGUAUCGCAGUUCGAAAAAUGAUGUCAAGAUAUUGGGAAAACUCUUCAAUAUUUGCACUUGAACUCGGAGGAGCUGUCAUUCGUCAAAGUAUAUUUGUUGAUAAGAUGGCCAGUCUUGACUGGCUUCAUUCUCCGGCUGCUAGGGAGACAGUAACUCGAUUACUUACAAAGUACAAGAGGUUCAUUGAUAUCAUGCGUCUCCAUCCCAAAAACGUCUGUGUUCCAACAUUGGAUGUGGAUUUAGCAUGGCAUACUCACCAACUAUCACCCAAACAGUAUUAUGAGUAUACAUUAUCCCAAUGCCAAAAGUUCAUAGAUCAUGAUGAUAAGAUGGAAGAAGAUGCUCUUUCUACUGCCUUUGAAUGGACAAGCAAGACUUAUGAGAGACUCUAUAAACAAGUUUAUUCCGAAUGCACUUGUUGGUAUUGCGAAGCUAUUCGCUCAAAGCACAUCGAUUCAUCAAAUCGGGUGUUUGGAACCUCCAAACAUGAAAAGGUUCUAGAUUCUUUCUAUACAUCCGGAGCGGCAAGACAAUGUGACCCCAGCAAUAGCGCCCACAUCAGCGCACACUCUGCUGUUCGCGUCGAAGAAUCCGAGAUCCGUGCUUCGGUUCUCGAUAGACUAAGUCGAAGAAACAAAGCGGAAAUGCAUCACGCCUAUGAAAAAUCUCGCCACAGAGCCCAACAAAAAGGAAGAACCAUCCCUCCUAGAGAUGACUAUUAUUACAUGGCUUGGGGCUAUCCAUAUAUGAUGUAUGGGCCGUAUAUGAGCCCAAUGUAUGUAGGCGCUCCUCUUUAUUAUGCCGGCGAUCCGUAUGUGAUGCCUGUUGGAGCGGGUAUGGCUGGAGCUUGUGCGGCUGGAUCUUGUGGGGGUGGAGUUGCGGCCGGGGGUUGCGGAGGUGCUGGAGGAUGUGGUGGGGGGUGUGGUGGGGGUGGGGCUGCCGGUGGUGCAGUGGGAGGUUGUGGAGGCGGAGGAGGUUGUGGUGGAGGGGGGGGUGGUGGCGGUGGCGGCUGCGGUGGAGGUGGAGGAUGUUGA